AUGGAGCCGGAGGACUUGCCGUGGCUCGGCGAGCUGGAGGAGGAGGAGGAGGAGGAGGAUGGGGAGGUGUUGGAGAACGAGUUAGGGGCUGCGACCGAGGGGGCGGAGGAGGCCCGGACCUCUGAGGAGACCACGGGAAUGGAAGAGUUUGACGAGGGGGAGCCCGAAGUGGACUUGGAUUUUAACUGCGAGUCCCAGCCGCUGGAGAGCACGGACGAAGAGGAGGACGAGAUGGCUAAAGCCUGGUUGGAGGCUCAGCCUGUCCAAGCUACUAGACUUCUCCUUCCGCCCCCGCCCCCGCGACACCUGUACCGGGACAAGACGAAGGGAGCAGAAUCUUGGCAUUGUCUUCCUCAAGAAAGGGACUCUUCCAAAACCGUGGAUACAUAUCAGACCGGGACUAGUAGAAGAGAGGGAACGGAAGAAAUACAAUUCUCUCUGGAGGAAGGUGAAUUGGCUCAGUCACAGCAUCCAGUAAAGGAACUCUUUUGUUCUCCAUUGCAAAUGAUACAGGAUAAUUUUGCAGCCCCUGAUUUGCCUUUGCUGACAUGUUUGACACAAGACAAGGAGUUGGAGCCUGAUUCCUUGUUUCAACAAAAUGAACUAGAAUUUACACCUUUGAGAGGUAUUUCUGAUAAGUCUGAAGAUACUGAAUGGCUUUCUCGACCAUCAGAAGUUAGUGAAGCUUUAAUCCAGGCCACCUCAGAAACAUCUUCAGACUUAUUUAACAGUUGCCUUAGUAUAUCUCAACAUCCACUCACAGGUAGCACAACUUUUGGGUCUCAGCGCUCUCUUUUUCUAUCUGAACAAGAGAAUAAUGGAGGGAUUGUGCCACCUAAUGCUCGUGAUGAACUGAAAAGCCUGAAUGACUCUGAUCAUUAUGAUGCCCUGUAUUCAUAUAUGUCAUGGCAGACAGAAAAGGACACUCAGCAGCCAGAAGGCAACUUGGCUGAAAAAGACCUGGUUUCCAUUUCAGCUUUGUCUGAUGUUAGUGAUGAAAGCAUAGCUGCUAAAAGAAAGGACAGUUUUGAUGCUUCUUGUUCUUGUGUUCAGUAUUGGGGACUGGAAGCCUUACAACAUACUGAAACAUGUCUAGUCAGUGAAGAUCAUGCUUCCUUCCCAUUUGAAAUUACUCCUCCUCCUAAUAAAAUGUCAUACUCUUUCCUGCGAUCCGUGUUGGAAAGAAGAAAAGCUUCCUUGACCUCUGUUCACCACCUUGAGAAUGUUUGUUUAAGGGCUUCUGCUAAGGAUGAAAUGAGUCAAAAGAAUGAUGUUUUGGAGGGUUAUGAAAGAAAUGGAGAUAUGCAGAAAGAAUUAUCACAAUUUUUUAAGCAAAAGGAGUCUAGAAAUAGUUUGCCAUUUUCUCAGGUGCAUGUCAAAUCUCCAGAGAUAAAGUAUACUGGGAUGGUCACCAUCCGUGAUAGUCAUGAACAAGUUUCAGAAGCAAAUAUACUCUCUAGAAGACUUCAUACCUCUGAGCUGGAGGGUUCUAGUGGUCCUCUUCAGACAGUUAAAUCCAACUUGGAUGAUACAUCAGAACAACGGUAUUUUCAAGAGGAAAGAAACGAAAAUGCAGCUUCUACUUUUGGUGAGAAAAAUGUUGGUGCUACUGAAAAUGUAGCCUUUGAGGCAGUUAUUGCCUCAAUUGAGCCUUCUAAGCAAGAGAGUCCUAUAAAUGAAAUCCAAACUGACAACAAUAAACCAUUAGCAGAUGACAGCCAAGAGAGAGAAUCCCCAAAACCAGAUCUUUCCCAAUUAAAUUGUAAUGAUGAAAACUCUUUCAUUGAUAAGCUUAAGCGUCCAAAAUUCCAGUCUACUCCUGGGGUGUUUGAAUCAGCAGCUUCAAAACUAUUCUUGGAUAAAGAAGAUGAUACUAGCUCCCUAUAUGGGCAUCCAAAUUUAUCACCACCUAAUGCUCUUCAGGACAUGCUCAGUAAACCGAUUUCUGUCAUUCCAGAGCUUAAGUUAUCUACUUUAAAUGAAAAAGCUUACAGCCAGGCUGUUGGUCUUGAGCAAACACAAUCAGCUUUAUUUCAGUGUUCGCUAAACAAUCUAAACCUUACAGAGAAGGUAGGACCUUCAAAAAUUAUUUUUGCAAUGAAACUGUCAACUUCAGAUUCUUGGGUUUUACAAGAUUUAAAGCUGCAGACCUUUGAAGAAGUUGCAGAUUCCUCAGACUUUAAUUUGGAGAGCCUGCAGGGGAAGGCUGAAUCUGCUGUUUUUACUCUGUGUGGUGAUGCUGAGUAUUCCAGCCUGUAUGGAAAUCCUGGUGUAUACAAUGAAAGAAUUGCUGAAUUACAAAGAGAGGUAGACCGUUCUAACCUGGCCAUUAGCGAGCCUUUUCCAUCUACAUUGCCUUCAUUUGUGUCUCAAGAGCCAUCCAGUGAGUCAGAAUGUCAUUCUUCCAAUCUCAGAAUGUUGAGGGUAUCUCCUGACACUCUGCCAGCAACUCUUACACGUUCAACAGGAGACAUUUCUAAAGGAAGCAAAGCUUCAAUUACUCAUUCCAAGUUGAAAUCAGAUAUCACAGACACUCUUGGAGACUCAGACAUUGGAACACACUUCUCUUUGCCCCUUGAAGAUUUCAAUGGGUUUGCUCAGGUUGUUCCAGAAGGCAGUCUAUCUGAAGAGGCUCUCAAAGGUUCAGUUCAUCUUGGACUAGCUACCCCAAAUACUGGGGUAUCACCUGUAAGCUCAUCUUCCUAUUCACAAAGAGAAAACCCCAGUCUUUCAUAUCAAGAGGGCUUGCCAGAUGGUUAUGAAUUUGGUCAGGAACUGACAGUUUCAGCAUUUCCUGGACAAGCUGAUCAGAAGAAUGGUUUUUCAGUAGUGACUCCUACUUUGUAUUCACAAAGAGAAAAGCCUGGUAUUUUCUAUCAACAAGCCCGGACAGGUGGUUAUUUACCUGAAGAGACUACAGAGGCACCAGCUGCUCCUAGGCUGGGUGACCAGAAGAGUAGCUUCUCAACAGUAACUUCUUACUUACAAAGUAACAAGCCUGGUGUUUCCUAUGACCAGACCUUCACAAGCAGUCAUUUACCUGAAGACACUGUAAAAUCUUCAGCUGCUCCUAGGCUGGGUGACCAGAAGAGUAGCUUCCCAACAAUAACUUCUUCUUACUUACAAAGUGACAAGCCUGGUGUUUCCUAUGAACAGACCUUGACAAGCAGUCAUUUACCUGAAGACAUAAGAUCUUCAUCUGCUCCUAGGCUGGGUGACCAGAAGAGUAGCUUUUCAACAGUAACUUCUUCUUACUUACAAAGUGACAAGCCCGGUGUUUCCUAUGAACAGACCUUGACAAGCAGUCAUUUACCUGAAGACACUGUAAAAUCUUCAGCUGCUCCUAGGCUGGGUGACCAGAAGAGUAGCUUCCCAACAGUAACUUCUUACUUACAAAGUGACAAGCCUGGUGUUUCCUAUGAACAGACCUUGACAAGCAGUCAUUUACCUGAAGACAUUAUAAAAUCUUCAUCUGCUCCUAGGCAGACUGACCAGAAGUAUGAUGUUCCAGCUUCAGCCUCUACUGGUACAUACACUGAUUUCUACCAACAGGAGUUGCCAGAGAAUCACUUAAGUGAAGAGUCUACACAAGGUUUAUCUCUUCCUGUGUCACCUGUCCAGAACAUUGGGAUAACUGCACUGCCAUCUACUUCUCAUUCACAAGGAGAAAAGCCUCAUACCUUUUAUCACCAGGCUUUGCCAGAAAGUUAUUUGAGUCAUCAGGCUUUCAAAACUUCUAAGUCACCUGAUGAGCUAUCUGGUAUGUCAGCUCUAACCUCUGCUUCCUACUCAUAUAAAGAGAGGCCUAGUAUUUCUCAUCAGCAGAAGUUUCCAGACAGCCACCUAACUGAAGAGACCCAGAAAGUCUCGGGUACAACUGGAUCAGUAGACCUGAAAACAGUGACACAAACAGUAUCCUCUACUUCUGGUUCAUCAAAAGAAACACCUAGUAUUCUCUACCAACAGGCCCUGCCAGGUGGUCUUUUGCCUGGAGAGUCUCUGAAAGUUUCAGCUGCUCCUAGACCACCUGACCAGAGCACUGGAGCAUCAACAGUAUCUCCUAGUUCUUACCCCCCCACAGAAGAGUCCAUUAUUUUUUACCAGCCUGGCUUGCCAGGUAACCCUUUAUCCACAGAGUCUUUCAAAGUUCCAGGGAUUUCUGCACCAACUGAGCAGAGGACUGGUACACCAGCAGGACCCUUCGGUUCCUACCCAGUUGGAGAGAAGCCCAUUAUUUUCUACCAACAAGCCUUACCUGAGGAGAUUCUGCAAGCUUCAGCUGCUCCUGGCUCAUCUGCCCAGAACACUACGACAUCAGCCAUAUCUUCAAGUUCCUACCCCACUGGACAGGAGCCCCUCAUUUUCUAUCAACCUGGUUUGCUAGACAGUCCUGUAACUGCAGAGAAGUUAAAGGUGGAAGCUUUUUCUGGAUCAGCUAAGCAGAAGACUGAUAUAUCAGCAAGGCCUUCAAGUUCCCUUGCAGUUGGAGUUAGAGAGAAGUCCAUUAUUUUCUACCAACAGGCCUUGUCAGAUGGUCAUCUUCCUACAGAAGUUUCUGCAGGACCAGCUGAUCAGAAGAGUGGGGAGCCAUCAGUAUAUUCUACUUCCUAUUCUUUUAGAGAAAAGCCCAUUAUUAUCUACCGUCAGUCAGCUAGUCAACUAACUGAGGAAGGUCACAAAGCUUCGGUUGCUUCUGGACCAACUGAUGAGAAGAGUGGGCCACCUGUCAUCACUUCUUUUCCAUACUCAAAUCCAGAGUAUGAAAAAGUCCAGAAUGCUUCUUAUCACCAAGAGUUGCCAUAUAGUCAUCUAACUGAAAACACUAAGAAAGGUUCAGUUGUUCCUGGAACAACUGACCACAAGACUGGGAUACUAACACCACCUUCUACUUCCCACUUAUCCAGAGAGAAGCCUACCAUAUCUUACCAGCAAGAGGUUCCAGAUCUUAGUGAAAAAGCUUUGAAAGUUUUAGGUGGUGUUAGACCUACUGCACAGAAAACUGAAACACCAAUAGUGUCUUCUGUUCCCUUACUUAGAGAGAGGCCUAGUGUCUCUUACCAGCAGGAUUUACCAGAUCUUACUGAAGAAGCCUUGCAAAUUUUAGGUGUUCCUGGAGUAGUGCCUUCUGUCUCUUACUCACAUGAUGAGACGCCCCUCAUCUCUUACAAGCAGGAGUUAGCAGAUCUUACUGAAAUAUCUUUGAAAGCAGCAGGCUCUGGCUCUACUGAUCAGAAGAUGGGGUCACAGGUAGUCUCUCACUCAAGUAGAGAGAAGCUUAGUGGUUUUCAUCAGCAGAAGUUGCCAAAUACUGGUAGAGCUGCAGUAGAUGCUUUUGUUCAUCCUGGACCAGCUGUCCAAAAGGCUGAGAAACCGACAGAACCUUUAAGCUACUACCCACAGACAGAGGCCAGUGCUUUAUCUCCACAGGAGUUGCUGGCCAGCCAUCUAACAGAAGAGGCUGGCAAAGCAUCAGCUGGUUCUGUGCACUCAGCACAGACGCCUGGGACACCAACAGGAUCUUCUAGUUCUUAUGUCCAUAGAGAAAAGUUCAUUGAUUUUUACCCAAAGGCCUCAUCAGAUCACAACCCUACUGAAAAUUCUCUGAAGGCUUCAACUAUUCUUGAACUAUCUGACCAGAAUAGGAGAUCUUCAAUCUCCUUUGGUUCCUACUCACACAAGGAUAUUUCAGUUGCAGAUCCACAGGACCAGAAUACUGUGUCGCCAACAGUUACUCAUAGGUUCUACAUACAUAGAGAGAAGCCUGCAGUUUCAACUGUGAACAGGCCAGAUGACCAAAAGACUCCAGUACCAACAGCUGUUCAUGAUUCCUACGCUGAAAAAGUAAAACCAGUUAAUAUUGUUCAAAAACAGUUACCAGAUAGAGAUCAAAGUGGAGAUAUUCCGAAGAUUUCAACUGUCUCUGAACCAACUGUUGUAAGCACAGCUUCACCAGCCCCUCUGUCCGGUUACUAUUCUCACAGAGAGGAGUCGGAUACGUUUUACCCACAAGAACUGUUAGACAGACAUCUAACUGAAGAUUCUCUGAAGGUUUCAAGUGGCCUUGGUCAAGCUGACCAGAUUUCGGGUUCAUCUACAGUUUCUUUUGGUACUUAUUCACACAGUGAAAACCACCAGGUUGUGUCAGAACAUGUCCAAAAGCUGAUAGAUCAUUUGAAUUCUCCUGAGUCUUGUCUCAAUACAAACAGUAUACCCUUAAAUUCACAAAUUGAUGAUGGAGUUACCAUGUGUAAGCCAGAAUCUUCAGGUUUUGGCGAUGUUGGCUAUGAAGAAAUCCGGGAUAUAGAUCCUGGUUCCAAAACUCUUAAAGAAAUUCGGACUCUUUUAAUGGAGGCAGAAAAUAUAGCACUGAAACGAUGCAAUUUCCCUGCUCCCUUAGUCCCUUUCAGAGAUGUUAACGAUGUUUCAUUUAUACAAUCCAAGAAGGUGGUUUGCUUCAAAGAACCCCCCACAACUGAUGUUCGUGCCCAAAGGGGGCUGUUUACAGAGGAAGCCCCACACGUGGAGUAUGAACAAAAGGACAUUGGCACACAGACGAACCUUAUGUGCCAGAGGGGUGUUGAAAAUUGGGAGUUUAUUAGCUCAACUACAAUUAGAAGUCCUCUACAGGAAGCAGAAGGCACAGCUAGAGUGUCAUUUGAUGAAACUUUCAGGCCGUAUGAUGCUGCCAGGUCUGUAAUGAGGUCUGAACCUGAAGGUUACAGAACAGGCAUUGGGAAUAAAAUUAUUAUCCCUAUGAUGACAAUCAUAAAGAGUGACUCGAGUAGUGACGUAAGUGAUGGUUGCUAUUCAUGGGACAGUAAUUUACCGGAGACUUUAGAAUCCGUUUCUGAUGUUUUUCUAAACUUCAUUCCAUAUACUUCAACCAAGACAAGCAUACCAGAUAGCAGAGAAGAGGAGGGGUUGUCAGAGAGUGAGGAUUACUGUGGUAGUGUAGAUUCAUUGGGUGCACAUGUGAAGUACCUUCUGCAGUGCGAAUCCUCACUGAAUCAAGCCAAACAGAUACUUAAAAAUGCAGAGGAGGAGGAGUGUCGGGUCCGAGCCCAAGCCCGAGCCUGGAAUUUAAAGCUUAAUUUAGAACGUGAUUAUGGAUACUCCAUUUCAGAAUUAAAUGAAGAUGACAGGAGGAAAGUAGAAGAGAUAAAGGCAAAGUUGUUUGGUCAUGGAAGAGCAACUCACUUGUCUGAGGGCUUGCAGAGUCCACGGGGAAUAGGAUGUGUGCCGGAAGCUGUAUGUAGUCACAUUGUUAUUGAGAGCCAUGGGAAAGAAUGUUUCAGGACUCUGACUGCUGAACAACCACGACCAGACAGCCGCCGUUGUGUUUUCCGGUCUGUUGAACCUGCAGACUUGAUUAGAGGACAACGGAGCCCACCAUCAUGGAGAGGCAGGCACAUCAACCUUUCCAGAUCGAUAGAUCAGAGCAAUUCCCAUUUCAAAGUUUGGAAUUCCUUUCAGUUACAAAAUCAUUCCCCAUUUCAAAAACUUGCACCCAGUGACAUCAAAAUUAGCAAGGGUCUUGGAAUGUCAUUCCAUGCAAACAUGGACUCCCAGCCAUCAGGAUUAGUAGAACCUACUUGUGUGCCAGCUAAAGAAAUGGAUUUUCCUUCCUCAUCACAAAUGCUGCCCCCUGACCCCAAGAAGCAGUUUACUACCUCCAUCACUUUUUCUUCUCACGUACACUCUAAGUGCAUUUCCAGUCCCUCUGUUUUUAAGGUUGAUGUUACUGCAGGUAGUCAGAGUAUUGGACCGUCAGCCUCAGGGGUAUUUAAGCCUCAUAUCCCUGAAGAGCACAUUUCUCCUAGAACUCUUAAACAGAAAACCUUUUUCCCUUCAUCACUUAAAAGGCAUAGUCAUUCACCAGUGACUGUAGGUAGUAGGCAAGGGCAAAAUUUACCUCUUGGUUUUGAGCAUUUCCAUCAAAAAGAAGAACUCUUAGAAAAAUCAGAUUUUAAAGUCAGCCGUUCUGAAUCCUGUGUCAAUACAAAUUACAGCAGUUUCAGGGGAGUUCAGUUUUCUGGUAAGGAUACCAUCAUUAACCAGGACAAACUAAGUCCCACACUAGAGGUAAAAGAGAAGAAUGUAACUAUAACUCCUGAUCUUCCUUCUUGCAUUUUCCUUGAACAACGAGAACUCUUUGAGCAAAGCAAAGCCCCACAUGUAGAUCAUGAAAUAAGAGAAGACCUCUCUUUCUUUCCUAAGUGCCAGGAUUAUAUAGUUGCAGACCUUCCUCCUGAUUUUCUUGAUGAGCAGCAAUGUGAUGCCCCAGAUGUAGAUGGCCACAUGAGAACACAGCAGUACCCCCUUUCUCAAGGUCAGGAUUGCUCAGUAGAAAAGAUUGAGCACAUACCUCAAUCAUACUUUCCUAAUAUGGUAAAUAUUGAAGCCAAGAUCAGUAAUAUCUCCCAGUCAGCCCCUGACCACUGCACAGAUCCAUGUUCUCCAUCAAAUAGAAAAGCACUUUCAUGUGUUCGCAUAACUCUUUGUCCCAAGACUUCUUCCAAGUUGGAUAGUGGAACCUUAGAUGAAAGGUUUCAUUCAUUGGAUCCUGCUUCUAAAACAAGGACUAAUAGUGAGUGUAAUGCUGAUCUGCGAAUUAUAUCUUCAAGGUCAUUGGAACCAACCUCCAAAUUACUGACCUGUAAACCUGUAGCACAGGAUCAAGAAUCUUUAGAUUUUCUAGGACCUAAAUCUCCACUGGACUUGCAAGUCACACAGUCUUCUCUUCCAGAUAGUAAGACUAUUUUUCAGGACUUGAAAGCCAAAACUUCUCAGACUAGCCAGAUAGUAACCUCAAGGCAAACACAAGUGAACAUUUCAGAUUUGGAAGAAUAUUCCAAACCAGAGGGGACUCCAGUAUCUGCAGAUGGUUUACAAGAACAGAAUAAAGCUCCCUUUCUUACGUCCUCUGGGAAGUUAUCGUCUGAUGCGGUCACUCAGAUAACAACAGAAAGUCCAGGGAAGACCACAUUUUCAUCUGAAAUUUUUAUUAAUGCUGAUGAUCAUGGACAGGAAGUUCUAGGCCCCGUGGUCCAAAAGUUAUCCAAGUUUGCCUCAUCAUCCUCAGUGCAGCAAAUCACAGCUUCUCAUGACAAAGAUGUCCAGCCUCAAGUGUUGCCAUAUAAGCCAUCUGAUACUUCGAGGAUGUACUAUGUUCAACAAUUAGAAACAGUUCCUUCAUAUUUGGAUUCCAAAUCAGAUACCACUGUUGAGAGCUCACAUUCAGGGUCCAAUGAUGCUGUUGCCCCAGACUUUCCACCUCAAGUGCUAGGCACAAGAGAUGAUGACCUCUCCGGCACUGUGAACAUUAGACACACAGAAGGGAUCUAUAGCAAGAGGACUGCAGCAAAGGGGAAGACUCCCUCUCAGAAAGAGGCCCCGGUUCAAGUGUCUGUAACUGGGGAUGAGACUGUCUCGGAUAGAAAACAGAAGGAGCUCAUCAGUAGAGGGGUUGUGAUCAAAAUGGCAAGACCUGAAGAAAGAACUUCCCUGCAGAAGGACCCUGCAGGUUGCAGUAGUAGCACUGUACAAGUCAGAAAAACUAAAAACCUGCCAGACACUAAAUCCACUAAACAGAAGGAAGAGAUCCAUGUUAAGAGGACCAUCUCUCAGGAACGCUGCCUAGAGGAUAGAUCCUUAGAGAUAGAUAUUUCAGACUCUGAGUGUCAUUCAGCAUUUGAGAAUACCACUCACUCUGUCUUCAGAUCAGCCAAGUUUUACUUCCAUCAUCCAGUGCAUCUGCCCUACGAGCAAGAUCUCUGCCAUGAGUCUUCAGGAAGGAGUGUUUUCAUGCAGCAUUCCUGGAAGGAUUUCUUUCACCAUCAUUCAGAACACAGCUGCCUUCCUCCUUCUGACCCAUGUGUGGACAAGACCAAGAUGGAUUACACCAGAAUUAAGAGCCUCAGCAUCAAUUUGAACUUGGGAGACAAUGAAAAGAUGCAUACUGUCAAGCCUCAGGCCAAAGAUCCAAAAGGCAAAAGACAGACAGAUGACCAAAAAAAAGAUCAGAAGGUCAUCCCAGAGCUAACAACACAGUGCACUACAAAUUUGAAUGAACUCUGGAACAAGUACCAGGAGCGACAGAAGCAGCAGAAACCGCCCGGCGUUUGUGAGAAGAAAGAACUCUCUUUAGUGGAACGACUCGAUCGUUUGGCUAAAAUGCUUCAGAAUCCCAUCACACAUUCACUCCACACCUCAGAAAGUACACAAGAUGAAAGCAGAAGGGACCAAGGAGUGAGGGGGUGGACUGGGAAGAGGCAACAGAAAAGCAAGCAGCAGAGGAAGUGGUGUAAAAGUGAAGAGUGGGGUCAGAAUGCAGGUGAACCUAGGAAAAGCAGAGUGCUUUCUCCUUAUCCUACUGGGAAAUCCAGUCAGAUUAAGAUUGAGCGGAUUAAAUUAGAUAAGUACAUCCUGAGAAAACAGCCAGAUUUUAAUUAUGUAAGCAAUACCUCCUCGGAUUCUAGACCCUCAGAGGACAGUGAGUUCCUCACAGAUAGUCCCAACAUUUUUUCCAGCACUACUUCUCCCGUGGACUCGGAUGUAUUAACCCAAACUGAUAGGGAUGUGACUUUAAACGAAAGGAGCAGCUCCAUAUCCACCAUUGAUACAGCCCGGUUGAUACAAGCUUUUGGCCAUGAAAGACUGUAUUUGUCACCCAGACGUAUUAAAUUAUACAACAGUGUCACUGAUCAACAAAGGAGAAACCUUCAGGCGCAGUGCAAGAACAGCAGGAUGGCAGUGAACACAGGCUGUCCCCAAAUGACUUCUGAGAACCCCAGAAGGAAGCACAUCCAGGUGCCAAACCCUAUGAUUUCUUCUGACUCCGUUUCAACUGCUGGUAGUUUCCUGAGCUUGGAUUCUACUCUUUCCAAUGAGGAAAAUGUGCACAUGUUAAACAAGGGUGUGCAAGCUGGUAAAUUGGAGAUUGUGACUGGUGCCAAAAAACACACUCGGGAUGUUGGGGUGACUUUCCCAAGCCCGGCUUCUGGUGAGGCCAGAUUGGAAGAGGACAGUGGUGUGACUUCUUGGCCAAUAGAAAAAGCCAAAGAGAAAAAGUUCCUUACCCACUAUCUGCGGGCCAGAAACUUAGGGAAGAAGCAGCCAAGUCCCCAUGAAGGAGUCUCCUGGUUUGUUCCUGUGGAAAAUGUAAAGUCUGGAUCUAAGAAGGAAAAUCUGCACAAGAUUUACAGCCCUGGCAUCUCCUGGUUUGAACCAGUAACCAAAACCAAACCCUGGAGGGAGCCACUAAGGGAACAAAACUGGCAGGAGCCAUGCCUGAUGAGUCAUGGGGUCCAGGGAGGCUCAGGUGGAGGAGGUGGCUCGGUUUCUCUUAGGCCGUUUGUGAGAGUCACCCUGCAGGAAGCACUUCAGUUUCACAGACCUGACUUCAUCUCCCGCUCUCGGGAGCGGAUGAAGCGCCUGAAGUUACUAGUCCAAGAGAGGAAGCUACAGAACCUGCUCCAGAGCGAACGGGAGUCUCUGUUCAACACUGUGCAGCCCCUGCCCAGGAGAGUCCACCUGGCCAUCCAGAAGACCAAGCCUAUUGGAAAGAAUGAAAUGAUUCAGAGGACCAAACGAAUUUAUGAGCAGCUUCCAGAAGUGAAGAAGAAGAGAGAAGAGGAGAAGAGGAAAUCAGACUAUAAAUCCUACCGGCUGCGAGCUCAGCUCUAUAAAAUGAGAAUAACCAAUCAACUCCUGGGGAGAAAAGUGCCUUGGGACUGACAUAAGACUACUUUCCUCAGAGCCUAAGAAUAGUUUUUUAUGAGUCCAAAGAAGCUAAUUUAUACUUUAAUGAGUGUGAUUUAAUAAAGCUUUGUGUUUGUCUA